AAGUGUUCUGCAAUGUGGACAAAAGCAAACCGUUCUUCUGUUGCUUCAGAGUUAGUAGAUAAUUUUUUCAAGAAAAAACUCAUAGUACCUGUUUCAACACGAUGGAAUUCAUUUCACGACGCCCUGUCCAGGAUCACUGACAUUCCCCUUGCUGAAUUAAAUACUGUCUGCACUCAGUUUGGAAUCAAAUGCUUCACUGAUCGGGAGUAUCUGUUCCUAAAGGAGUAUUGUAUCGUGUUGAAGCCACUCACUGUUGCACUAGACAUAUUGCAAGGAGAAGAGAACUGCUAUUUUGGAAUCCUUCUUCCAACUCUGGAGAUUCUAAUGUCCAGGACACUGGCACUGCAGGACGAGCUCAAGCUGACAGCAUCCCUCCCUGAUGUCAUUGUUAAGGCGAUCAAGGUGCACUUUUCCUCAAUGAUGGACAAUAAAGAAGCUCUCCUGGCUGCAGUCACUUUGCCUAAAUUUAAGUUACGCUGGAUCAGAGGAGAAGAGAAAAAAGACAUGGUUAGGGCAAUGCUUACUACAGAGUGCCGUGGGUUGUCUCUUGAAGACCAACAACCUGCUCAAGAUCACAAGAACCCUGCUGACUCCACUGAUGACUUUUUUUCAUUUGAGGAGGACGACUGUACCUACUCUGCUGAAACAGAGGUGAUGGAAUAUUUGAAAUCUGCUGGGUCUGAGCUGGGUGUUCUUAGCCAGUUUCCCAGGAUUAAGGCCAUUUCACUGAGGUACAACACAGCCACACCAUCAAGCGCACCAGUCGAAAGGCUUUUUAGCCUCGGCAAUCUUGUGCUUACACCCAGAAGGAACAGACUGUCAAGUGAACGCUUUGAGAGACUUACAUUAAUGAGAUACAACAACUUUUUCAAAAACAACACAGCUAAAUAGUACAAAAAGGUUUUUGGGAAACAUAUGAGUGCAUACAGUAUGCAGGAAAUAUGGUUCUCAUUGGUUUGAGGAAGUUUCAGAGGAAUUCUGUUUGUUAACUAAAGGUCAGAGUUAACUUCACUUUGUUGAAACACAUGACAUGAUUACAUACAUUAUGUAUGAAUAUGUUACUCAUUGCUUUGAAAGUUUAAAAAUUUUAAUGUUUACAGCGUGAUACAUGUCAUGUUUAACAUUUCUUAAGUUAAGCUUUUUUGUUAUUCAGAUAUGUUGCAGAAAAAUAUUUUUGUUAUUCAGGAAUUGUGUUUCUUACCUAAAGAAAGUUACAUUUCUUA